AUGGCGCGCCGAGCUUCCCAUGCCAACCUCCGCGUACCCCAAGACGAAGAUGCCGACGCCGACGAUGGCUUUGACCCCGUCCUAGACAAUUCCGAUGGAGACAACCUAUAUCAAACGGGGACGAAGGAGAAGCGAGCUUCGAUUGCCGCUGUCCAGCAACAAGUGGGGAACAGCAGCAACGAGAGCGAACCACGCACUUACGAAGACCUUCUGGAGCGAACAAGAAAAAGCCUAGCUGGGUAUGAAGAGGCAAGGAAGAAGGCGCAGCAGGAGAAAAGACGAUCGUUGCAGCAACAGAAAAAAGAGGCCGCGGCAGCUGCAAGAAGGAAGAGCCGGCUUGGAGGCGUAGGCGAGGAGGAAGAAGGGCAGGCUAACACCUCGCUCUUACUGGCAGAGGAACUGUUGAAUGAGGGUCGGGACAACGACUAUGAAGCGGUAUUCAUGAGUCGCCCUAAGAUCAAGAACAGCCCCGUUGGGUCACCGGCCGUCGGAUUUUGGGAGUAG